AGCAGCAUCACCAGGAAAAUGGAGGCAGGUCAGAUUCAGAGAGACAAGAGCAUUCCCAGAAGUGAUGCUUAACCUAUAAGACAAUGAGGUUUCAUGAGUGCGUAGAGUAAACCAUUGCAGAAUAAGAAACCCAGAGAAAAGCUUGUUCGUCUUGCACACCAGGCCACUUCCUGCAGAGGGCGACAUGGAGUCUACCUGUGCUCUGAGUGACGGGAGAACUUCUCCUCCAAACUCUCUCCUCACUGGUGGAGCUGGAGGGGUCGGAGCUCAUCGGAAGCGACGCACACUAGUGGCCCCAGACAUGAACUUGUCCCUGGACCAGAGCGAAGGUUCCUUGCUCUCCGAUGACUUCCUGGAUACGCCAGAUGAUCUGGAUAUUAAUGUGGAUGAUAUCGAGACUCCAGAUGAGACGGACUCACUGGAGUUCACCACCAACGGCAACGACCUGGAGUGGGAGGAUGAUACACCCGUCACCUCAGGUAAAGCGCCCCCUGCUGACAGUGAUACUGAUGCUGUGGACGGGCUGGGUGUCAACGGCCGUUUGUGGAGGACUGUGAUCAUCGGCGAACAGGAAUAUCGCAUAGACAUGCAGGUCAUACGACCCUACCUGCACGUCAUAUCGCAUGGAGGGUACUAUGGCGAGGGUCUGAAUGCCAUCGUUGUGUUCUCGGCAUGUUACCUUCCUGACAGCAGCUGUCCAGAUUACCAUUAUCUCAUGGAAAACCUCUUCCUGUAUGUGGUGAGCAAUUUGGAGAUGCUGGUGGCGGAGGACUACCUCAUCAUCUUUAUAAAUGGAGGAACGCCACGCAGUAAGAUGCCAGGCAUUAGCUGGUUGAAGAAGUGCUAUCAGAUGAUUGACAGAAGACUGAGGAAAAACCUGAAAUCUCUGAUCAUCACUCACCCAUCCUGGUUUAUCCGAACAGUCGUUGCCAUUUCCAAACCCUUCAUCAGUGUGAAGUUCAUGAAUAAGAUCCGUUAUGUGCACAGUCUGGAAGAGCUGGAGAAGAUUGUCCCAUUGGAACACAUUCAGAUCCCAGAGUGUGUCUUACAGUUUGAAGAGGAAAGAAUUAAAGCUAGAAACGAGAGAAUGGAGCAGGAAAAGAAAGAACAACGGCACCCUGAACAGCAAUACGAUUCAACCAAUCUAGAGAGGAAAACAGCUGUUGAAGAUGCUGGACACUAAGUGCACAAGCUUGGGUGUUCUUGUUGGUGUUCCUCUUUAAUGCUGAUCCAGGAACAGCGUUCAUGUUCCCAACUUGUCCUUUAUUGUUAUAAAAGAGGAUACAAAACUGGUCUCAGAUCAGCAACAAAGAGGAAACCUUAAUCCUUAAUAGGAAGCUGGCAUCUUGAAGCCCACCAACAGAUGGCACUAUGCCCAGAGAAACACGGCUGUGUUCGGUAGCAGACGAACAGUGCCAUCAUCAUACACUGAUCAGUUGCCCCGUUUGCAGUUGUUGACUUUUCAAUAGGCUGGUCCCUGCUUUAUGGCCCUAAUUGUUGUCAUCUUUAAAGCUGAACAUUUUUAUAAAACUUUUCCUGUUUUAUCAAAAUGUACACAUAAAGGAAGGAAUAGUGUUUUUUUGUUUGUUUGUUUUUUUAUCAGUAGCCUAAUUUAUUUACAUGGAGUGGGUCAACUUACAGGGAGUCAACAUGAAGAGGUCACAUGACCAGCUGAAUACUACUUAUUUUAUAACCCAAGUUUAUCUGUCAGCGUUCUGCAAGACAACAAGGAACACCCACUACACCACUCGCCCUCUCCAGAUAAUGUCCCGCUUGGAUCAAAAAGCCAUUCUUUUGACUAAAAUAACUAUUAAAAUCCCAUUCAAACGCUGUAUGAUUCAUGUGGUCUUAACUGGGUAAACAUAACAAAGAGCAACUUUUAAAUAAUAUGUCACAAAAGCUAUAAAUGGUGAAAUUAAUCAUUCCUCUGUUCCGUUUUCUCCAGUUAGCUCACAAGCUAGCCCGUUAGCCUAUUAGCUUUGCAUACUACUAACAACUUCUCUUCAUUUUCACCACAUUUCUCCGCACUGUCACCACCUAGUGUACGGCGUUAUGGUUCGUAAAGAAAGUUGCUGUAUAUUUAAUCAUUUUACAAAUCACUUUUAAUUUUAAAAUUGGACUUUUCAAUCUUUGUGGUAAGUCCAAAGGAACUGAUAUCGGCCAGUGCAACUUACAAAGCAAAACAAUGACUGAGUGUUCCUUUAAGAAUGUCAUGUGACCUGCACUUAAUUGAUGUGUGUAGUUGCACAGGAUUUGAUUGGUGGUGCAUGUCGAUUUCAAGGCUUUGCAAGAACCACCCUGCACUUCUCUGUGUGUAUGCACCCAAAUUGAAUAUAACCUUAUUCCAUUUUGCUGAUUAUGAUUGCCUGGUACGCUUUCUUGGAUGUUUAUUGAUUGUUUCAAUCCAUUUUCAUCUUGUUUAAUGGCCUGCUUUUGAGCUAUUGUAAAUGAUAAGUGCCAGUUAUCUUAGUUUGGCAUCAACGUAUUCAGCAGUAAUUUUAUGUUGCCUUAUGUUUGCUACGAAAAUGUUUCUAAAUUAAACAUUAUGGUAUAUGAAUGACUAUGAUAUUUGCAAGUAUCUUGGUGAAGUGUGUAUUUCUUGUGCCUCUAGCGUCACCAAACGCAUGCUUCUGGAUUCGUCCACAAUUUUUGCAAAAAUAUAAAACUGCUUAUUAUAGCGCCACCUAGGUUUGGAUGGUUGGGCGAGUGCACCUGAGUAGUGGGGGAGAUUUGGGACCAUCCUGCCAAAUUUGGUUUCUCUAGGACUUACGGUUUGUGUUGCCCCGACACUUUUAGAGCAGAAUUGGUGGAGUUUUGAAAGUAGAAUUGUUGAAAUUUCUUGCCUCCAGAGGUAUUUUCGAUAAACUUG